CGAAACACGACACCCGAGAGAGAGAGAGAGAGAGAGAGAGCGAGAGAGAGAGAGAGAGAGAUGGGGGAGGAGACAACGAGUAGUUUCAGACUCGGGAGAGUGGAGGAAGGAAAAAAAGUCGGUGUGAAAGAGAGAAUGGGAAACUGACUGCUAUACUGCGAAUCUCGGGAGAGCAGAUGACAAACUAACACGAGGAAAAAAUGUUGCGAAGAUCAUCAACUCGGCAUAAGAGAGCGCAUAUGUGACAGCGAGCCGCGGACCCUUUUUCCGCCGUGUUGGGAUUGUACCGAUCGUUCCCGGGACAGACAGGAAAGCGGUGUUUCGGAACUCCGUUGCACCCCGUCCCGUGGCGCUAGUUGAAGUGCUGAGCCACUCUCUAAGUUCAAACUCAAAGCUGUCGAGGAAUUUGGAGUGAUCGUGUAAAGAGGACGAUCCGAUAGGUGAUCGUACAGCAGGGAGCAACAGGAGCGCAGAACAUUUGACAAAAGUUUGGCCUUUCGGAGACGGGGCUGAGGGAGAGGCCGACUCUCGCCACUGUUGAACUGACAACUUAACCCAGCUUGCUGCGUUAGGGGCUGCGAACUUUCAACAUGAAAACCCCGGGGGACUCGGGGUUAGCAUUCCCAGACUGGGCCUAUAAACCUGAGUCCAGUCCUGGCUCCAGACAGAUCCAGCUGUGGCACUUUAUCCUGGAGCUGCUGAGGAAGGAGGAGUAUCAUGAUGUGAUUGCCUGGCAGGGGGACUACGGGGAGUUUGUGAUCAAAGACCCUGAUGAGGUGGCCAGGCUAUGGGGCGCCCGCAAGUGUAAGCCUCAGAUGAACUAUGACAAACUCAGCAGAGCUCUCAGGUAUUACUACAACAAGAGGAUUCUGCAUAAAACUAAAGGAAAGCGCUUCACCUACAAGUUUAAUUUCAACAAACUUGUUUUGGUCAACUAUCCUUACAUUGACAUGGGGUCUGGAGGAGCUCCUGUUCCUCAGAGUGCCCCACCAGUGCCUACAGGUCCCCAUUUCCGUUUUCCUUCAUCGACUCCAUCUGACAUGCAGGUGUCGGAUGUGCUGCGUUCCCCUAGCAGCGAGGAACUGCGCAGUCCCGGUAUCUUCAGCACGUCCCGUCGCAUGGGCCGUGGCUCCGUCUCCGACUGCAGUGACGGAACAUCUGUCAACUCUGAGAUCGAAGAAGGAAAUGGAGGAGCUCAGGAAGAGAGAGUGACAGAAAGAGUGGCAGAGAGAGGAGGUGGUUUCAGGAGUGCCGUUCAUCCACGUCUGUCUCACGAGGCUAUGUUCAGAAUGUACGGUGGACCCGGAGGUCACAGAGGUCACCGGGUGUCAGAGGUCUCCGGGCACAGGGUUCAUACUGAGCCUCUCUCACCCUUCACUGUUUCGCCCCUGCCCGGUCCGGGAGGGUCAGGUCUGUUGGCGCCUCCUCUGUCCCCGGCGCUCUCCAUGACCCCAGGCUCUCAUCUGGGCUACACCCCGUCCCCAACCAUGUCACCCAUGCCUGGCUCCAUCUUCUCCUUCAAUCCAGAGGACAUGCAGCGCUAUCUGCAGGCUCACAACCAGAGCGUCUACAAUUACCACCUGAGCCCUCGUGCCUUCUUUCAUUACCCGAACAUCAUCAUUCCUCACCCUCAACGGCUCGACAAAGGCAUGCCCGGACCCCAGGGCUGCGAACGCGGCCCUGCCGAGAGACCCUCGGUGCUCAACAGCCAUCACUCUAGCCUUCCCCCGCAACACGCUCACCCCGUUCACCCCCACCUGGUAGAGGACCAGCACCAUUCCUCCUUCAAGUUCAAGCUACAGCCUCCACCGUUGGGCCGCAAGCAGCGUGACAGUCAGGGCAGACAGGGGUCGCUGUCCUCCACAUCUACCUCUGGUCUGGGAUCCUCCUUGUCAUUUGGUAGUGACCUCAGCUCGGCCAGUGGAUCAGGACUGGUGUCAAAUUCCUCCUCAACUGGCUCGCUAAACAGCGCAGGGCUGCCUAAAAUUAAGGUGGAGCCCAUAUCUGACAUUGAAUCAGAAGAGGAAGUUGAAGUGACUGACAUCAGCGACGAGGAGGUUGAUGAAAGAGAUGAAGAGUUUGACGUUUUCCCACCGCGAUAUCUUAAACAUCAUCACCAUCAAAAUCACCAUCCUCACAGCCGAAAGCACCAUCACCCCAAUGGCACUGACGCCCACCUAGAUGAGGACUUUGAGGAGGACGUUUUCAAAGCUCCCGCCCCUCCACCCUUCUUCAUCCCUCCUGCCUCAGUCGAAAGCCGCCGCCUGAAUGCUGUCGUAAAGAGCGAACCCAUAGAAACCGUGGAGGCACCGCUGCCGCCCGGUGGGCUUUCCCAGUCCCAGUGUAUCCCGCUGAAGCUUAGGUUCAAGCGACGCUGGGACCAGGACCAGCACAUGGAGGAGGCGGAAGACAAGAAAGUGAGAGGAGAAGAGCAGAGGAACGGAGAGGCGGAGGAGAGCGGGAAUGGCAGUGGAGAGGCAGAGAGUCCGCCUUUUCCUUCUCACCACAGGGUUAGCGCUGAACUCCACCGUGCCACGGCGCAGCUGUCACUGGAAAAUAAGGACUGCUGAUACGCGACAACGACGACUUGCGCAACACUGCUGAUGGACUCACGCUCACACGUGAGUCUUUGUAGAACAAUGACUGCUGAUACUGACAGACUGCUUUCUGGACAACAAUACUGACAAAUACACUUAGACCCCCCUACUUUAUACCCCCUUCAUCUGCCUCCCUUGACUUCAGCCGAUGGUCUUGCCAGUGCACGUAAAUCUGGUACAUCUCAGUAUACCGAUGAUGUGGAAUGAGUUCACCCAUGUGCCCCAGUGACCCUCAGGUGUCAUUAAUUUUGACCUUUGGCACUAGAGAAAAUUUUAUAUUUUUAAAAGAGAUUUAAUUUGCAAAGUGCCUGUGAGCUACCCCUUAAAACACCACAAACACAGAGAAAGCAAAUGGACGCGGCAAAGACGGUUAGCUAGAACGGGGUUUGGUGUUUAUUUCCAGCAGCCCAGCAUGACUUUCCUCAGUGACAUACUAUGAUCAAAUUCUACAAGAUGUGGUGGUAUACAACUGCACAAACUUUCUCUCACGAACACAAAGACACUGUUCGAAAACCAGCCUGGUCAGAAGUAAGAACCCUCAGGGACGAACCCCCAACACACACACACACACACAUGCAGAUAUAAUCCCUUCCUUUUCCCUGUAUGAAGCCUGAACAGAUUGUGUGUCACAAGUGAGCAUUUGUGCAGAAGACUUGUGUCCUAAUGCCUGUGUUUCUGGAAACUUAACUGUGUUCUCAGGUUAUGUCCUUCCAAUCCUGUCAAAACCAGCUCACUUUUAUUUUGUGUUCUCUUUUGUCAAAUCUUUGGGACCAUACCUGAAAUUGUUUCAUUCUGACAUGAAAACAUUUUAAAGACCACGCACUCGAAUCUCUUUAAAUCAAACGAUCGUACAAAGUGGCACACAGGAGUUUCCCUUGUAUAGUCUUUUAGUGCAAACAAAACCAGCAUUACACACACACAAACAAACACACACACAAAGCAUGUACAGUGAUUCUAAGAUCUAACUGUUUUGGCAUUUGAUGUAUUAAGAAUGUGUCUACUCUGCUUGUGUCCUUAUGAGCUAGGUGGUCAUUCUGGGUCUCGUUUUAUUAUGCACAGUCAUUUUGUAAGAAUAGAUUUGACAAAUAUGAGAUCUUAUUGUGGUCUGGGGGAUAAUAAAAAUCCGUAAACUCAAACAUUAAAGUACUAACUUAUAAACAGGAAGGUCACACACAAACUCCGCCUAUGCCUUGUUUUAAUAGCAUGUCUGAAAGGUUAAAGUAUAAAACAAAAAUCUUAAAAAAGAACUGAACAGUAUACACUUAAUAUACCUUUAUCUAAUGUGUUAAACAUACUGUAAACUUGUUGAAAGCAUAGCAUUAAAAGAUGUAUCGGUUUCAGGGGUUUUGUAACAUUUGGUUUGGAGGGGAAGGUUGACUCUUCUCCUUAGGGAUGAUGCCAUUGUUUGGGUGAGGGAGGAAAACGUUGCUUUUUUACCACGUUAAAGGAACAGUUCACCCAUAAAUGAAAUUACAUUGUUGAUUCAAAUCUGCAAAAAUGUCUUUGUUCUGAUGAACACAGAGAAAGAUUUUCAGAAGAAUGCUUGCAACCAAACAAUUCUUGGCCACCGUUGACUAUCAUAGUAGGAAAAUUGUGUAAUACAUUUCUUUGUUCCAUAGAAUACAAAAUCAGAUAUUUUGAAGAAUGUAGGAAAGCAAACAGUUCUGGCACACUUUUGACUACCAUUGUAUUUUUUUCUACUAUGGUAGAAGCCUAGAACUGUUUGGUUAAAAGCAUUCUACGUUUAUUGGAACAAAGAAUUGAAUACAGCUUUGGAACAACUGGAGAGUGAGUAAAUUAUGACAGAAUGUUUCAUUUUGGGUGUAUUAAAUACAUCCCAUUAAUACAUUGUAGGGUAGAGGAGCAAAAAGCUAAAUUGUACACAAAACAAAAGCAGGAGAGCUGUGUACCACAGACGUGGCACAUUCAGUUCUUUAACCAGCAUGCACCUCCUCAACAUCCUGUUCUUACUGCCACAACUGAUGUCUGGGUGCUCUUUUGUUGCUUGUGUGUGUGUGAGAGAGAGAGAAAGAGUUUUCAACAGAGGCUCUAUUUGCAUGUAUGUCGACACCUAAGACUCAUCAACUCACUGAAAUCUUGCUUCAUGAACCUCAUAAACCUGUGUGCACUAAAGCCCUGUGCAGGACUGAGCACGGCAGAAAGACAUCGGUGACGUGGCCAGUCAGGCACUCGAGAUGGUGUAAUGGCUUUCUAGUCACAGGAAGAAAGUUAUCUCAUGUCUGAAGUGUCUCUGAUAGCUAUAAUGAGACAUUUUACAGAGUUGGACUGUUUCAUAUAACAGAACUGGCACAGAUGUCAACCUUCUCAAUGUUUUUUACUCUUUCUAGCUGCCUUACUCCCCCUUUAACCAAACCCCAUGUACUUUCUUAUGGUUUUGAAUUUGGUCUUUACCACUUGUUUCACGUCCCAGCAUACCUCAUAAUGUGAGAGGUGGAGAUGAGGUGAGCAGUAUUGACGGGCGCCGCAGUCUCUGCUUCUGUAUGCCCAAAUAUGCUUGGGCACAAAGUGAGUGCUUUCUUUUUCUUUAAGAGGGGAGAUAUUUAUUUAGGCUGCUCUCCUUGGUUGUCCCAGGAUGUUACUCGCUCAGAAUCCCAGCAACAGAUGAGGUUUUGUAUUUUAUUUUUUUACCCAACUCGCUCCUGUUUAUCUCCUCUCUGAUGUCAUCGUUGCUGUUAAUCAUAAAUAUUAUUAGUUAUUAUUAUUUUUGUUGAAAAUUGUAGUCACGAUAACAUUGUAUACAUUACUGUAAAAGAUCCUUUGAAGAAUGUUUCUCCCCACCCAUGCCCUCUCACGGAGCAACCCGACAGUGUGUUUUUAGUGUAACAUUAAAUAUGUGUAAAUUAACGUAAAACCGCGUCUUUAACAUGGGUGGAGAUGUGGCGGAUGGAGGAAGGGCAUUCUGGAGAGGUUCGGGCUUCUGAUUUUGACCUCAAGUCAUGUCAUGUAGUUGUUAUUUUGUAGUGUUACUUAUUUCUUGCUCUUGUAAAUUUUUUCAUUGGGGGAUUGUAUGAUUUAAAAGAUAUAUUGUGUAUUGUUUUAUUGUGUAAAGUCUGUAUCUUUCUCACUUUCUUUCUCGAAAUUUCUUUCUGUGGUUCCAUAACUCAUAAUAACAGGUUUAAAUACCACAAUGUAACAUUUUAUUCCUCCUUUAUUCAUUUUUGUGUUCUUUUUUCAGAAUUGUAAUUAAAAUGUAAUCAGGGUCAAUUAAACGGUUAAAAACCA